AUGAUCCUUUUGGGUGGCGAUCUCUUCCAUGAGAACAAGCCAUCUCGAUCCACCCUGUAUAGGACCAUGAAUCUUCUCCGUGAGUACACGUUAGGAGACGAUCCUAUUGCUCUUGAGCUGCUGAGUGACCCAUACGCCGAAAGUCGCUCAGGCACGUCCUUUCCUUUUGUAAAUUAUGAAGAUGCCAAUCUGAACGUCAGUAUACCCGUAUUCUCGAUCCAUGGAAACCACGAUGACCCGCAAGGAUUAGGCCAGGAUGGAAGUUUGUCGGCAUUAGACAUCCUGUCAGCAGCUGGACUGCUGAAUUAUUUUGGUCGCGUUUCCCUUCCAAGUCGAGAUGCUUCUCGCAAGAGACCAGCAUCGAUGUCGUCGUCCUCUGGCUCAGGUAUGAUGGCGCUUCGACCUGUACUUUUACGCAAGGGCACUACGCGGCUUGCUUUGUACGGAAUGGGGAACAUCAAAGAUGAACGCAUCUCACAUGAACUGCGUGAAAGACACGUCUAUAUGUAUCGACCCGCCGAAGCUAUGGACGAGUGGUUCCAAAUUCUCGUGCUGCAUCAGAACCGGGCCUCACACAACCCAAAGGCGUAUGUGCCCGAGUCUAUGUUUGAUGAUUCUCUGCACUUGGUCGUAUGGGGCCACGAGCACGAACAGCGUGUUUCGCCUGAAGCUGUGAUGGAAAAGAACUACGUCAUCUCACAGCCCGGCAGCAGCAUCGCGACGAGCCUAUCUCCAGGUGAGUGCGUACCAAAGAGCGUCGCAAUCGCGCAUGUGAAGGGGAAGGACUGCACCGUUGAGCCUAUAGCUCUGCAGACCGUGCGUCCCUUUGUCAUGAAAGACUUGUCUCUGCCUGCCGAGAUCCGCCAAGCUGAGAUCGAUCCUGCAGAUCGUGUUGCUGUCACAAAAUUGCUUCGCAAGCAUGUGGAAUUGCUCAUUGCCGAGGCAGACGCCCGAUGGCACGAGCGACAUCAGCACUUACCAGCAUCUGAGCGACCGCCUCCUAUGCUGCCCCUAGUCCGCUUGCGAGUGGUAUAUGAUACUCAUCUACCUCUUGGAAACAUUGCGCGGUUCGGACAAGAGUUUACGGGGCGCAUAGCGAAUCCGAAAGACGUGUUGCAGCUUAAGCUCCAUAAAGAUCGUCGAGCUCGAAACGUGCACUCUGCCGCGUCUGUGGUGCCUUUGGAGCGUGAGAUGCUACCAGCAGAAAAGCUCGAUCGCAUAGAUCUCUCGUCCCUGGUACUCGAAAAUGUACGAGCUCAACAAUUUGAUCUUUUGAAUGCUGCACAACUACAAAAAAGCGUGAUGGGCUACAUUGAAAAAGACGAGCGAGAAGCGAUUGAGUCUUUCGUGACAGACUCACUUCGACACGUGGAACGCCAGCUUGCUGGGCAGCAUAUGCAAGAGAUGGAGCUGCAAUCUGAAUUGCAGCGCAUAUGUGCCCAGCAAGCGGCUGGCGAUGACGAGCCACAUAGUCCCAUGAGCUGA